UAUUUUCCUCUUAAUUAAAUACUCCUACUUAUAUUUAUUUAUAUUUAUUUUUUGUUUUUUUAAACCAAAAAAAUAAAUACCUCAAUUAGUAAUAAGCAAUAAAAACACGUAGAAACAAUUACAACAACAACAAGAAUCCCAAAGAGACUGAAAUUUUUGUGAUUAGAGAAGAAAGGGCUCUGAGGAAAAGGAAAAAAAAAAAAAAAAGGUUAUUCCACGCCAGUAUCAUCAAUUAUGAGAUUUAAGAAAGGGAAUAAAGUGGAAGUAUUAAGCAAAAGGGAGGUGCCUUCAGGCUCCUGGCGUUGUGCUGAGAUUAUCUGCGGUAAUGGCCACAACUACACCAUUAGAUAUGACGGGUAUGAGCAGGCCAAUGGCAAGACUGUUUUGGAGAGGGUAUCCAGGAAGGCUAUUAGGCCUUGCCCUCCUCCACUUGAAAUCUCAGGGAGCUGGGUUCCUGGUGAUGUUGUGGAGGUGUUUGACAAUUUUUCUUGGAAAAUGUCAACAAUUUCUCAGGUUUUGGGGAAAAAUUAUUAUAAGGUGAGGAUACUUGGAUCCUCUCAGGAAUUUGAAGUCUUAAAGUUUGACAUCCGGGUGAGGCAGUCUUGGCAAGACAACAAAUGGGUUGUGAUUGGAAAGGGUUCUGGCAAUUUUGAAGAUGGAAAACAUGAUGAAAAUUCAACUCUGAAAUACAAUCUAAAUUUAAGCUCACAAGUUCACAAUAGAACCAUAAGGAUAAAAAUACGUGUAAAAGAUGACUGCUUUCCUGUUAAGAACAGAAUGAAUUUCCCAGAUUCCCACAUUGUUUCUUCUAAAACUUUGAAGAGAGGAUCGCCCUACUGCUACUCUGAAGUUGAAGCAUAUGCUGGAGUUGCCCAGAAAUUUAGAGCAAUAGAAAAAGAGGGCAGGUGUCACCGAUUGAAUGCUGCCAAUUCAUCCACAUUGCCCAAACAGGUAGAUGCUGAUGCUUUCCAGAGAGACAUGGUGGGUGAAGAAUGCAUAAAUGCUUCUUUUAACAACAAAACAACUGGGAUUUCUGAAGUGGAUGUAGAAAGGAGGAAACCAACUGGCGCUGUUGGUUGUUCAUUUGCAAUAAACUUAGAAUCAAAUUAUGAUGAUAGUGUUACAUCCUCUGUUGGUAGUUGUAGUGUCGCUAGCAACUGUUCCUAUAAGUUGCCUCAUCUUUCUGGAGGUUGUAUUGAUAAUGAUGAUGAUCAUUCUAGUGAUGCUGAAUCUUUUAGUCAGAGGGGAUACAAGGAAGUAAAUUUUCUCCUUCCUACAAAAGAGGAACUAGCAGCUGAAAUUCAUAGGUUAGAGUUGCAUGCCUACCGUUGCACUAUAGAGGCAUUGCAUGCUUGUGGACCUUUAAGUUGGGAACAGGAAGAAUUGGUGACAAAUCUUCGUCUUUCGCUCCAUAUAUCAAACGAUGAACAUUUGAUGGAGCUAAGAAACUUAGGUUCUGGUGUUACCAACAUUCCCAUUAGAUGACAGUGAAAUCUGGGAAAUUUUUACAUUGAAUUGAUAUCUUUUUCCCUCUAGAUGUAGGAUCUGAUAGACAUUUUCAUUAAUGGCCUCACGCAUUGUAAGAAGUAAGAUGAGAUGUUUGAAGUGUAUGUACCAUAAAGUAUAAAACAUGUCAAGCAAUGGAUUUUUCUAAGCU